AUGGACAGCAGAGCUGCUAGGCCUCCGGCUAUUUUAUUUACUGGUAAUUCUCAUCCGGAACUAGCUCGACUUAUAGCAGAAAAACUUGGAGUUAGAAUUGGUGGCGCUAAAAUUCAUCAAGCAGUUAACAGAGAAACUUUAGUUGACAUCGAUGAAUCUAUAAGAGGAAAAGAUGUUUAUAUUAUUCAAACUGGAACAAAGAAUGUUAACAAUGAUAUUAUGGAAAUGUUAAUUUUAGCAUAUGCUUGUAAAACCUCUUCUGCACGUAGCAUCGUUGGUGUUGUUCCAUAUUUACCAUAUAGCAAACAAAGUACAAUGAGAAAAAGAGGUUGCAUAGUUGCUAAAUUAUUAGCUGAUAUGAUGUGCAAAGCAGGAUUCACGCAUAUCAUCACUAUGGAUUUACAUCAAAAAGAAAGUCAAGGGUUUUUUAAUUGUCCUGUUGACAAUUUAAGGGCUUCCAAUUUUUUAAUACAAUACAUUAAAGAAUCAAUCCCAGAUUAUCGAAAUGCAGUUAUUGUUGCUCGCAAUCCAGGUGGCGUGAAGAGAGCAUCUUCUUAUGCUGAAAGACUACACCUCAAUAUUGCAGUUAUACAUGGAGAAGAAAAAAUUGCUGAAUCUGAUACAGUUGAUGGACGAAAUUCACCACCACCAACCAAUGUUCAAAGAAAAAGAAAUACAAGUUUGUCUACAGGACUUGAGUUAUUACCAGCUAUGCAUAAAAAAGAAAAGCCUCCGAUAUCAGUAGUUGGAGAUGUGAAUGGACAUAUUGCUAUUUUGGUGGAUGACAUGAUUGAUGAUGUUGAAGCAUUUGUCAGUGCUGCUCAAAUACUACAAGAUAGAGGUGCCUACAAGAUAUAUAUUCUAGCAACACAUGGACUUUUAUCAGCAGGGGCUCCAAGGCUAAUUGAUGAUUCCGUUAUUGAUGAGGUUGUUGUUACAAACACGGUGCCCCAUGAAGUACAAAAAAUGCAAUGUCACAAAAUUAAAACAGUCGAUAUAAGCAGUAUGUUGUCUGAAGCCAUACGCAGAAUACAGAAUCAAGAGUCUAUGUCACACUUAUUUCAUGACAUUUCUUGUCAAGAUUGA